GUGUGCAAAGUAGGGUUGUCAGGAGCUGAAUCUUUAGUGUGUACGUUUCCUUAUUCUGUUCCUCCUCGUACACUUCUUCACAAAACUAACAAAUCCUCCCAAGUUUAUCGAACUGUUCCCAAGCUUUUCGUAUUCGAAUCUUCUUCUUCAUUUUUGUCCCUUUGGAAAGCAACGGAAUUGGCGAAUUGGGGUGUCACAUGACUCAUCCUGCAAGUGGUUCAUGAAAUUUUUUUCUUCUUUGCUCUUCGUAGAACAGAUAAUUGACUACAACCACCUUGAAGUUGAGACAAGAGUAAUUGCAAACUUGCUAUAAUCAGACAAUAUCAGGACAAUUUGCUAUUCCAGAAAGGAUAUUAUGAUCACUAUGGAUGUAAAAGGCAUAACAUGGGUUGGAAAUAUGUACCAGAAAUUUGAGAAUAUGUUCCUUGAAGCAGAAGACGUGAUGUACCAGGAUACAGUUAAGUACAUAGAGGAUCGAAUGCAGGCUGUCAGAGAAAGAGUUAAAAAAAUAUAUUCAGAUAUUAUGGAGGAUUUAAUUCCCUCAAAUGAAAAGGUAGGCAUUGAAUUGUCUAUAGAUAAGCAUGCUGAAGCUGGGCUCUGUAAGAAGCCAUUUCAAGUUUCUAACGAAAGACAUGUAAAAACUGAUACCAAGCAAUCAACUGAGGAUUCAAGGAUUGAUCAUGGUGUUGAUAAUGUUGCCACACUUGCUACUGCAUAUGAUGGAACUUCUAAGGCCGAUGCUUUGUUCAUGCCAUCUUUGAGAAGUUCCAUUAGUUCACCUUCAAGACAAUUUGUUGGAAGAAUGGAUGUUAAAUCAAACCUUCCAGUAAAUGAUAAAAUGGCUGCAACCAAGAUAAUUGAUGAAACCACUUUGGCUGAAACCACUUUGGCAGGAACAAUUGCAAGCAUAACAUCACAAUCUUGUGAGACCUCAAACCAAAACCAAAUCCAGAAUCAUGGAGUGGCAUGGAUUUACUCUGAAACAUACUUUUCUGAUGGAAUUGAAAAUGAUAGUACCACACAGUGCCCCAAUUAUCCGGUGUUAGUUAAAUCAGCUGGAGAGAAAAAAAUUGAUACAAUUUCUUCCUCUCAUGUCUCAUUUGAAGAGCCAGUUGAACAAGGCCAUUGUUUAAUGCAACAAGAUCAUCUGAAGCUUGAGGAAUCUUGUAUAAUGGUGGAUGGAGAUGAAAUUCAAUUACCUCCCAAAGCAAGUGGUAAUUUGAAUACUCACAAGAAAAAAUCGCGGCAACCCUUUUCUUUGUCCAAGAAAUCUGCAAGAAAGCAAGAAUAUAAGGAGCUUGCAGCAUGGCAUCUGAACAGUGAAAAAGGAAAGGGAGAUUGCAUGGAGAAUUUUGAUCCAACUUUACCACAGGAUCACAAGAAAUCACUUCUGCGUAGUAUAUCUGAAUCUGAGUGGGAGUUUCUCUAACUCUAACACCAGUAUGAUUAAAUUGUGUAGAUACAAUUUCGGCCAAUGCUGCUACUUUGGAUUCACUCAUUAGUCCUUAUGGAGAUUUAAGAUGUUGAAAUGAUUUAAGUUCAUACAAUAUUUUAUGCUAUCCAACCUUUUUCUUUUUGCUGCUCACAGAAAAGGGAAAAGGAGAAGCUGUAAUUAGGCCAUUCAGAUGAGAACCUCAAAUAAAAUAUGUGAAACUGCUAUCUAUUUUAUGGAUGCUGAACAUUUUUAUGUA